AUGAAAGACAACUUCCUAACCCAGCUGGUGAAGGAGCCAAACUGGGAGAGUGCCCUUCUGGACUUGCUGCUCAUGAACAGAGAAGGAUGUGUGGAGGAGGUAACAGUUGGAGAAAGUCAGGAGCAUAGUGACGAUGAACUUACAGAAUUUUCAGUUCUUGGAGAACAAACUUGUCUCUCAGUUGGAGAGACAUGGACUCGAUGGAUGGACCAGUUGAUGGAUAAGGAAUUUGCUGGACGGUUGCACUCACAGAGUUGUGGUCAAUGGCAUGAUGUACAAAUGGAGAUCAGUGACAGCAGCAUUCCUGUCCGAGUGGAGAGUGACCGCAAAAUGGCGGAAUUCAGGAUUCUUAGGGCAAAAAGGAGGAUCAUAGUAGCAGUGAUGCAUGAAUUUAGUGAUUUCAGGUUUUACUGGGACUUAAUCAUGCUUAUAAUGAUGGUUGGAAACCUUGUCAUUAUACCAGUAGGAAUCACAUUCUUCACAGAACAAACAACAACACCAUGGAUUAUUUUCAACGUGGCAUCAGACACUGUUUUUCUAUUGGACUUGAUCAUGAAUUUUAGAACUGGGACUGUAAAUGAAGACAGCUCUGAAAUAAUACUGGAUCCUAAAAUCAUUAAGAUGAAUUACUUAAAAAGCUGGUUUGUGGUUGACUUCAUCUCAUCGAUACCAGUGGAUUAUAUAUUUCUCAUUGUAGAAAAAGGAAUGGAUUCAGAGGUUUACAAGACAGCAAGAGCACUUCGUAUUGUGAGAUUUACAAAAAUCCUCAGCCUGCUACGUUUAUUACGCCUUUCAAGACUGAUUAGAUACAUACACCAGUGGGAAGAGAUUUUCCACAUGACGUACGAUCUGGCCAGUGCUGUGGUGAGAAUCUUUAAUCUGAUUGGAAUGAUGUUGCUGCUGUGCCACUGGGAUGGUUGUCUACAGUUUUUAGUACCGUUGCUCCAGGAUUUCCCACCAGAUUGCUGGGUGUCCCUAAACGGUAUGGUUAACGAUUCCUGGGGAAAGCAGUACUCAUACGCACUCUUCAAAGCCAUGAGCCAUAUGCUCUGCAUUGGUUAUGGAGCCCGUGCCCCCGUCAGCAUGUCCGACCUCUGGAUAACCAUGUUGAGUAUGAUCGUGGGGGCAACUUGUUAUGCCAUGUUUGUUGGUCAUGCCACUGCUCUCAUUCAGUCUCUGGAUUCAUCACGACGACAAUAUCAAGAAAAGUACAAACAAGUGGAACAGUACAUGUCAUUCCACAAGUUACCUGCUGAAAUGCGCCAGAAGAUCCAUGAUUACUAUGAGCACCGCUACCAAGGCAAGAUUUUUGAUGAGGAAAACAUUUUGAAUGAGCUCAAUGAUCCCCUCAGGGAGGAGAUUGUCAACUUCAACUGUCGGAAGCUGGUAGCUACAAUGCCUCUUUUUGCUAAUGCAGACCCAAAUUUUGUGACUGCCAUGCUAAGCAAGCUGCGAUUUGAGGUGUUUCAACCUGGAGAUUAUAUUAUCAGAGAAGGCGCUGUGGGUAAAAAGAUGUAUUUCAUUCAGCACGGUGUUGCUGGUGUCAUCACUAAAUCCAACAAGGAACUGAAGCUGACAGAUGGCUCUUACUUCGGUGAGAUCUGCCUUUUGACCAAGGGCCGUCGAACUGCUAGUGUACGAGCAGAUACGUACUGCCGCCUGUACUCCCUUUCAGUGGACAACUUCAAUGAGGUUCUGGAAGAGUACCCCAUGAUGAGAAGGGCCUUUGAAACGGUGGCAAUUGAUAGACUUGACAGAAUAGGGAAGAAGAACUCAAUCCUCCUGCAGAAGUUCCAGAAGGACCUCAACACUGGGGUUUUCAACAACCAGGAGAACGAAAUCCUGAAGCAGAUUGUGAAGCAUGACCGGGAGAUGGUGCAGACCAUCGUCCCAGUGAGCUUGCAGCAGAUGCCCUCCCUGAACUCCAGCACCUCCUCCUCGUCGUCGCGCACCAGGACACAGUCUCCUCCUGUGUACACCGCCAGCAGCCUGUCCCACGGAAACCUGCACUCCCCCUCGCCCAGCACGCAGACGCCCCAGCAGGCUGUCAUCCUCUCGCCCUGCUCAUACACCACCGCCAUCUGCAGCCCGCCCGUACAGAGCCCUCUGGCCAGCCGAACUUUCCAGUACGCCACGCCGACAGCCUCGCAGCUCUCUCUCAUGCAACAGCAGCCGCAGGCAUCCCAGCAGCCCCCCG